AUGGAAGAAAGAGAAAAGAAGCAGAGAUUGAAAGCUGUAGGAGAGGAGAUUACAAGGUUAAAGGAACAACGGGAAGAGGUAAUGUUUACAUUAGGACUCAAAAAAGUAAAUGACCUUGAGGAAUACUUCACUAAUCCGGGGGUUAGCGUGGAGACUCUAGGAGAAAAGCUUUCUUCAGCAUGUCCAUGGUUGGAUUUGGGAGAAAUUGCUACUAAUGGGCCUACUGCUAAUCAAGAUCAAGGAAGUGUGCAAACUCGUGAACAGUUGCAUUAUACUGACAAGGAUUUUGACGAUUUAAAAAACAAAGUUUUUGCCAAGGACAACAACAAAGUGGAUGUUUUAGAAUUCCCAGGCUUAAAGGAGGCAAUUGAAAAUGCCAGGGGGAAUGUUCCAGACUACCUGCAACCUAUUGCUAGCAAAAUCGAAAGGGAUCGUGGUACACCUACUGGGUUUGAACUUUUUAACAUCCAACUUCUGGUCUGCGCUGCAAUCAAUGAGAUGGAAGAUCUGGCAGUUGAGAAACUCGACUCGAGGACGUUGUUAAAGUGGGGAGCUACGCUCAACAAGGCUAAGCAAUUUGAUUUUCAAGUGAAAUCUGCUGAUAAUCUCUUGGAGAAAAGUUUUUAUGCUUACAUUGGUUACUCAAAAAAGAGUUCGGAAAUCAGAGGCUGAGUUCAAGGUUGUGAUCAAAGGGUGUCUGCACAUACAGCAAAAUCUUUUAAGGUAAACCACCUUAGUGAUGGCCUCUUUCUCUUUCCUCCCAGGACCUAAAAAUGGCUAUUGCUUUUCAAUUUUUGAUGGAUGUGUGGUUUUUACUUUUACUUUUCUCUAUCAGAACUUUAUAGUUUUUGUUGUUGUCAUUCGUAUUUUUAUCAUCAUUUAAAACAUGAAGUUUGAUGGUUAAAGGAUUUGUUUUUGUGAUUUGGAUAAUUAUAUCUUCACUUUAUAUUUGAUGAAACGACAGUGCAGUGGAGGUUUUUAGCUCGGGAUUAAGAAACUAAUACAAGUUACAAUUCUCUAAUUAGUUUUUUAUUUUUUUU